UUCAGUUUUAGAAGAACAACAUAAAUUUAAAACCAUAAAAAAUGUCUGGUCUCUAUGGAAAGUUAGAGGCUGAUUUUGAAAUCAAAGCCCCUGCUUCUAAAUUUCAUGAAAUGUUCCAUACAAAACCACACCAUGUCUCCAAUGCUUCUGGAGACAAAGUACAAGGUUGUGAGCUGCAUGAGGGUGAAUGGGGAAAAGUUGGUUCUGUUAUCUAUUGGAACUACUUUCAUGAAGGAAAAGCUAAAGUAGCGAAGCAGGUAAUUGAAGCUGUGGAUGAGGAGAAGAAUUUGAUAGUUCUCAAAAUGAUUGAAGGAGACCUUAUGAAGGAUUAUAAAAAUUUCAAGUUUAUAAUGCAAGCUACUCCAAAGGGCAAAGGAAGUGUGGUUCAUUGGACUUUGAUUUAUGAGAAGCUUCAUGAAAACAUUCCACAUUCAUAUUCUAUGUUAGAGUUUGUUGCUGCCAUGUCCAAAGACAUUGAUGCAUACCUCAUGGGAGGCAAUUAAGAACCUUCAAAUCAAGAUUUCUCCAAUUCUCUAGAAGGGUCUUCCUGAUUAUCAAGUUUAUUGAAUCUUAAUAUAUACUAUGUGACAACUAUAUAUGUUUGAAUAAAUGCUUGUACGGCAUCUGUUCCCUUUGUGUGGUUAUUCCAAGUAAUAAUCAUGUUUCCUAAAGUAUACUUCGAAUAUGAAUCCAUUAUUAAUAAAAUUAUGAUUAGUAAAUAAGAGUGUAAUGUUUAUUUUU